AUGCUUUCGCGAACGUGGUCUUCGAUUGCGAGGGUCGGCCCGCAGGCUCUGGCCGGCAGCAACGUCGUUUCUGCCCGACAAUACUCCAUCACCGCUCCUCGCCCAUUAGAAAUCGCCCAGAAAUUGAAGGUCUUGUUUCUGCUUGAAUUAUUUGUUCGAAUUUCAUUUGUAGGUAACAAUUAUUCCUGGAGAUGGCGUCGGACCUGAGCUCAUCUAUUGCGUCCAAGACAUCGUCAAACAGACGGGUAUCCCGUUGGAAUUUGAAGGUUUGGUUUUUCUUGAUCCACAAGAAUACGAGUUCAAAUGAUAAAAACUUUAUCAGAAAUAGAGUUAAUUCCGUUUCAAGUAGGAUACUUAUUUAUCAAACCUCACAGAAUUUAUUUAUUACUAGGCUACUAGAAAAACUGCCUUUUUGGUCACUCUGGGCUUUGACAAUUUUAUUAUUCGCAAUGGCGCGCCUUUGUUAUUUCUCAUAAUUUAGGAAGUAAGCGAAAAAUGCAACUUUAUUGUUGACCAGAAUUGAAAAUUAAUAAAACGUGUUUCAGUAAAAUUCCAUCAAAUUCUGGACAAAAAGAAGUCUCACCACUAUCAUCACAGAUUCUUCGAAACUCCUUACAUCUUUUUUCAGAAGUUUUCCUCUCUGAAGUUCACUACACGCGCUCUUCAUCGAUCGAAAAUGCUGUUGAAUCGAUCGGACGGAACAACCACGUUGCCUUGAAAGGUAUCGAUCAACUGUUUUCUCUUUAUUAUUUUUUUAGGCGCCAUCGAGGAAUCGGCGGUUCUUCACACUGAAGGCGAGCUGCAAGGACUGAACAUGAGACUGAGACGCUCUCUCGAUCUUUUUGCUAAUCUUGUUCACAUUAAGGUGAUUACACUGUUAUCAGUAAUGCGCUUCAGAAGAACUACCCAAAACAUUUAAACACAAUGAAAUAAUGAAUUAAAUAAAAUCUUUUAAGACUAUCGACGGAAUCAAGACGCGACACGGCAAGAAACUGGACUUUGUCAUCGUUCGAGAGCAAACCGAAGGAGAAUAUUCCAGUCUCGAGCACCAACUUGUGCCUGGUAAUCUCACCUUUGAAACCGCAACCUCCAUCAUAAAACUGAUUUUAGGAGUCAUCGAGUGUCUCAAAAUCUCGACCAAGCCAAAAUGCGAACGAAUUGCCAAGUACGCCUUCGAUUACGCUACCAAGACCGGCAGGAAGAAGGUUUCCAGCUUUCGGCUGAUUUUCAAUAAAUCUUACCUCAGGUUACCGCCGUCCACAAAGCCAACAUCAUGAAAUUGGGAGACGGUCUUUUCUUGCGUACCUGUGAAGAAGUGGCCAAGCAGUACCCGAAGAUCCAGUUCGAGUCGAUGAUCAUCGACAACACCUGCAUGCAGCUUGUCAGCAAGCCCGAGCAGUUCGACGUCAUGGUCAUGCCUAACCUCUACGGAAACAUUAUCGACAAUCUGGCUGCCGGGUGAAUAAGAAUUCAGAAAAAUUUUAAUCAGACAAAUCAGAAUUUUAGGGUAAUAUUUGAAGUUUAAAAUUUUUUUUUCACACAACGGAAAACAACAAAAUCUCGAAUAAUCCUUUACCUUAAUUUUGCAGUCUCGUCGGUGGCGCCGGAGUUGUUCCAGGACAAUCGGUCGGCAGAGACUUUGUUAUUUUUGAACCAGGAAGCCGACACUCGUUCCAGGAGGCCAUGGGCAGGUAUCAAUCUGCUUUUAUUUGAUUAUUACGAAGUGAAGAAUUGACGAAGCUUCUUUGAUUUGGAUAUGAGUGGUGGAAGGGUUUUUAUUCGACUUCAGAUCGAUCGCCAACCCGACGGCCAUGAUUUUGUGCGCGGCCAACAUGCUCAACCAUCUGCAUCUCGACGACUGGGGAAAUGCUUUGAGAAAGUCUGUGAAUGACGUCAUCGAAGAGGGAAAAGUCCGCACGCGCGAUUUGGGAGGGUAUGUUUCUGGAAAUUGAUCGAGUCCUCACGCUGAGAUACCCAAAUGCUGAGAAACCGCUUUUUUUCAAAUUUUUUUAUUAAAUAAGAAACGACUUUUCAACCUAAAUCGGUCUUUUUCUGAACUUCUCAAAGAUCACAAAAAUCAAACCACGUGUCACAAAAAAGUCACGAAAAAUUCAGCAUCCUGAAAAAUAAUUACAACGAGCAUUAAAAAUUGCCAAAUUCCACAUUUCUCACCUACAAAAUAAUAAAUAUCCCAUUAAAAAAAGCAUUUUUAAAAUUUUUUUUUACGAAAACCCAAACUUCACAAGAAAGCUCACUCUGUAAUUUAUCUUCCCAGUAACAUUAAUUUUUACUCAAAAUACGUAAUUUUUUUCACAUUGAAAUAAAUUUCCAGUUACGCGACUACCAUCCAGUUUGCUGACGCCGUCAUCGACAAAUUCCGAAUCUAA